CAGCAGCAGCUCUGUAGAGUGUGAACCUGAACACAAACGGGGGUGUGGUUUAGAUCAAUAACCACCCUAGCUUUCAAUAAAAAUCAAAAUACUGCAAACCACAGACGGCGAAGAGGCGGUGCCCAUGAGGUCUGAAGCAGAGGGUCGGUUUUGUGGACAAUAGUCCUCUGAAGAGAAGGUUUUACCUGUUUUGUUUCAAUAAUGAAUAUGUGUGGAUUUUCCUGUCGAGACUUCCAGACGCAUACAGUUGGUCGAUGAUGAUGAUGAGGAGGAGGAGGAAGAGAAGUUCUUACUGAACUGCCGUUUUAUUGUACAAUAUGGGAUGUAUUACACAGAUGGUCAUUUCCAUGAGUGGUUAAGUGAGCGGAAUUUGGAAAAACUCGCACGAACAUCGUUGCCACGUGUAACUCCCUGCAGCGCGGUGUUUUAAGAGCUCCUGUGCCUGACUUACAUAAGGGCGCUUUGUGUGAACCAGCAGGCAAACUGAAAUUCGGCCGUUUAAUGCUGCAGGGCUGAGAACACAGAGGACACAGGAUCUCUAAGACUCUUUCCUUCAUGCUUACCUGGAUGAAAUGUAGCCUGAUGAAACAGAAUAAAAAUGACAAAACAUCAAUCUUGUCUGACUUGGACAUUCAAAGCAAUGCUGGCUCUGAAAGGCCAUUACCCCAAUAAUUAACAUCUGUCAGUCAUUCCUGGGGCUCAGUGUGAUUAAUUUAGCGCUAUUGUCAGAAAAGGAAUACUGUUUCUGACAAAUGAAUUGUUUGUCUUGUUGCCCUGAAAGCACUUGUGUGGCAUAAGAUGAACAAAUCUCUGCAAGACAGAAACAUGUUCACAGUACAAGCAGACGUUAUAUUUCAUGCCGCAAACCCAGACUCUCCAGAACAAUCUAUCCCUUUUGAAGGGAACAACAAUGCUCCAGCCAUGGAGAAAACAAGCAUCCCCAGUAUGGAAAUGCUGCAGGAACUCCAGGGUGCUUGGGAUAAUUUGGAAUCUGGAGGUCUGACUGACAGCAGGAGUUUGGGACACUAUGGUGCUGUAACAGGUGCAGAAUAUGCACAAGAUGCUGUCUCUAGUGACAGUGGAUUUCAGGAGCAUAUUCAGCCCCUGGACUCAACUAAAGCACAAAAUUUGGACAUAAGUGUGAUUGAAAUUUCAGAUCAAGGGAAUAUUAAGGAAAAAAACAAUGUAGCAAAGGUAGCUUGCAGUCUGGGACGCUUCAGACCGGAGAACAAGGAAGAAAUAAACAAAUCCUCCAAUGUCCUCAGAGAAGGUGAGGUUGUUCGGAGUCAGUUUGAUAUUAAAAAUGUCUCCAUGUCAGAGGACAGAAAUAAUUCCUAUUCAGGCUCCCAGGAAAAGACAUCAUUUGAGGAAAUGCUGGGUUGCUUUAUAAGUUCCUCUGAAGGUGCCGAUCAGACACUCUACAGAACAUUGCUUGGACAGACUGGGCUGGAAUCAAGCCAAGGGCUAAAGCACAAUGGAUCUGCUGUAAGAGAGGCUCUCUUAAAGAAAAAAGAGCCAGAUUUAAUCAUAGAAGUGGGUGGACAGAAAAUACAAGCACACAAGUCAGUAUUAGCGGAGAAAAGUGAUUAUUUUAAAGCCAGGCUUUCUCGAGACACUCUAAAGGUAAAAGGAAUGAGUUACAAGACCUUAUCAGUGCUUGUAGACUAUGUUUACUCUUCUCAGAUGAAUGUAACUAAAGACAAUGUUGUGGAUAUCAUCACAGGGGCAAAGAUUCUGCAAAUGCCCUGUGCUGUACAGGCUGCUAUUGAUACCAUUUCCACACAGGUCACUCCAGAAAACUGCUACGAAAUUCUUAUGAUUGCCAAAAAACAGCGAUUUAAUGAACUUAAAGAAACAGCUUAUCGAUUCAUGAGUGACAACUUUCUCCAGGUUCUGAGAGACCCGGCAGUUUACGGGCAUCUCACUGGCUUAGAGAGAGAUCUCAUUCUGCGCAAACGGAUGGAGAGCAACAAGAGUCUGAUGGUGGCUGAAAUUAACGAUGUUUUUGAGCGAGUUGGAAGUCGACCGCCUAGCAGAAACAGUAGCCGUCCCCAGAGCCCCCUCUCCAUCACAUCCUUUGAGGACAAUCACAUGAUCUAUUAUUACAACAAGAGCAGUAUGGACUGGCACACCCUGACCGUCAUGCCUGACGACAUCAACACCAAGAGCUGUGGUAUCUGUACAAUGUACAACUACUUGUUUGUGGCUGGUGGGAUCAGGGGAACUGGGGAGAAAAGCAAAGUCUCAGACAAAGUGUUCUGCUACAAUCCCAUCACGGAUCGCUGGAGUGAGGUCCGACCCAUGAAUCAAGCAAGAUCACAACUUAAACUCAUCUCCAUGGAAGGAUACCUUUAUGCCAUUGGUGGUGAAUGUCUGUUUACGGUUGAGAAGUACGAUCCUCGCAUGGACCGCUGGACUGCAGUGGCUCCUCUGCCUAAAGGUGCGUUUGCAGUGGCUCAUGAAGCCACCACCUGUAACGGAGAACUGUACGUCUCGGGUGGGUCUUUGUUUUAUCGGCUGCUGAAAUAUGACCCCAAGAGAGAUGAAUGGCAGGAGUGUCCUUACAACAACAGUAGGAAAAAAUCCACAGACAUGGUGGCUCUUAAGAGCUUUAUUUACCGAUUCGAUGUUAAUCGUGAACAGGGAAUCAGAGUCUUUAAAUACAACACCAUUGUAAAGAUGUGGCAUGAUUGUGCCUCCCAACUGCAAGGCUGCAGCCUACCGUUUCGAUGCGCUGUCAUGGAUAACUGCAUUUACUGUGUGAAUAAAUCUCAGACACUUCAGUUCAUCGUGGAUGAGGAUGGAGGUCGAUUCAAAGAAGACUCUCUUAAAGCACCUGUGGAGGCUAAAGGGAUCUUAUUCCCCUUCAUUCUCAGCUUGCCUGAGAGAGGUGGAAAAAUUGUAUGAGUUGGAUAUCUUAUCCAUUGGAUGACUCUUCAGAGUCACUCCAGACCUGGAGAAAGAGAAUGCCUGAUCAAUAUUUAUAGAUUUAAGCUUUCCCAAAAGGUUCAAGGCACCUGCUCAUAGCUCUUGAAACUGGAAUGUGUUUUCUUUGCAUGAUAAGAAAAAAUAUUUUAUGUGGUGCACCUAAAUACCAGAAGUUUACAUACACUGAGGUCAUUUUUAAUCACUUCACAGAUUUCAUUUUAGCGAACUAUAGUUUUGCAAUUCGUUUAGGACAUCUAAUUUGUGCAUGACAUGAGUCAUUUUUGCAACAAAUUUUUACAAACAGAUUGUUUCACUUUUAAUUGACUAUAUCACAAUUCCAGUGGGUCAGAAGUUUACAUACACUAAGUUCACUAAGUAAAAAUUCCAGAAAACAAUGUCAUGCCUUUAGGCAAUUAGCUUCUGAUAGGCUAAUUGGAGUCAAUUGGAGGUGUACAUGUGGAUGUACUUUAAGGCCUACCUUCAAACUCAGUGCCUCUUUGCUUGACAUCAUGGGAAAAAUCUAAAGAAAUUAGCCAAGACCUCAAAAAAAACAUUGUGGACCUCCACAAGUCUGGAUCAUCCUUGGGAGCAGUUUCCAAAUGCUUGAAGGUACCAUGUUCAUCUGUACAAACAAUAGUAAGCAAGUAUAAACACCAUGGAACCACGCAGCCAUCAUAUCGUUCAGGAAGGAGAUGCAUUCUGUCUCCUAGAUUUGAACAUAGUUUGUGCGAAAUGUGCAAAUCAAUCCCAGAACAACGGUAAAGGGACAAUGUGAGGAUGCUGAAGGAAACGGGUAGACAAGCAUCUAAAUCCAACAGUAAAACAAGUCCUAUAUCGACAUAACCUGAAAGGCUGCUCAACAAGGAAGAAGCCACUGCUCCAAAAACUACAAUAAAAAAGCCUGACUACAUUUUGCAAGUGCACAUAAGCACAAAGAUCUUGCUUUCUGAAGAAAUCUCCUCUGGUCUGAUGAAACAAAUAUUGAACUGUUUGACCAUAAUGACCAUCGUUAUGUUUGGAGGAAAAAGGGUGAGGCUUGCAAGCCGAAGAACACCAUCCGAACUGUGAAGCAUGAGGGUGGCAGCAUCAUGUUGUGGGGGUGCUUUGCUGCAGGAGGGACUGGUGCACUUCACAAAAUAGAUGGCAUCAUGAGUAAGGAAAUGUAUGUGGAUAUAUUGAAGCAACAUCUCAAGACAUCAGGCAGGAGGUUAAAGCUUGGUCACAAAUGGGUCUUCCAAAUGGACAAUGAUCCCAAGCAUUUGCACAGUCUCUUGAUUUGUUUUUGGCACUAUUGUAUCCGAUAGUAAUUUGGGUUGAACUUUGCUGCUUGCAUUAGCAAAAAAGAAUAAAUGGCAAUUAGAAAAAUGAUGGCAAUGAAGAGCACAAAUGAACAACUGAAGCACAUUAUGUAAUAAUGUGACCCCUGAUUCCUAGCAACAGAUUCUAUGCAAAAGUAAAUAAUACAUGUUUUAACCACAUAGAAAUGCCUACAAAAAUAGGAACAUUUAAUAAAAUUCUAGAGCAGGGGCCAAUAACCAAAUGCCCUCAAGCAGCUGAAGCCAAAACUUAAGCUAUUGUUAGGGUAACAUUAGGUAAACAUUAAGAGCACAAAGCACAUGACUUUAGUAACGGCUGCUGUCUCAGUUUCUGUAUGUGAGAGAAAUUUUGUGAAGAUUGAAGUCGUUCAUCACUAGUACACUGCACACUCAUUAGUUUAACUAGGAGGCCCUAUGGGAUAAGAUUUUAAUAACCCUUUAAUUAAGGAAAGAAAAAAAAGAUGGUCUGAUCCUUUGAAUUUUACACUGAAUCAUUGCCAAAGACAACAUUUUAGACUUGGCGGACACAUUCUCACAAUAAAUUACAUUCUCACAAGCAAUACAUAAUUUGAAGGCAAUAUGUAUCAAUCAUAAUACUGUUAAAGCUGCAAUUAAUGAAGACUAUACAUGUACAUACUAUACAGUAAGUGGAAAAAAAGCAUCCCUGAGAAACUCACUGCUCUCUUGGUCAAGAUACUUUUUUAUUAAUUUAGGAUGACCAUCACUGUCAAGAAAACAUUCAAGAAAAACAUGUAUCACAUUCAUACAUAUUGUGUCCAUAGCAUGUAAUAAGGCAUCAUAAUAUUAUUGCAGCUUUAUAACUUGGAUGUGGUGUGUUGUGUUAACCUGUGAUUUUUGGGAUUUGGGAGUAUUUUACUGAAAUAUUCAGUGUACUUUUCCAUUUCCCCCAAACAUUUCUGAAUUAACAGGGGUGGAUUCUAUCAAACUUUCAUUUGGUGUAAUUCUGUUGAUUGGAUUUCAAUAUGAGCAUGAAUAUUGGUAUUAUAAUGGAUAUGAACAUGAAUGCUUUACUGGCUUGAUCUCCUUGAAUUGCCCAGCUGUGCUUAAUUCACUUCAAAAAGUGCAGAAAAACACAACAUCAUCUAUGAUGUCACAGAUGAAUCACCCAUACAUUUCCUGUCAUUUUGGAAUGGUUCCCUUUCUGUACAGCAGGGCUCUUCAAUUACUUUCUUGCAUGGGUUAGGGGAUAAAAUGUCUAUUCUUCCAUUUUCUCUAUAAAGUAUCAUCUUAAUCAGUGAAGAAAAAAUGUGUCUUGCAAAUAUUGUGAAUUUGCACACAAUAGCCAGUGUAGGAGCCAGAUUUCUGUAUAGAUAAUCAUUGGUAAAAGAACAAACUGUAUUGAUAAACAUCUAUGAUGUCACAGAUGAAUUACCCAUACAUUUUUCUGUCAUUUUGGAAUGGUUCCCUUUCUCUUUACUACAUCAUCUAAAUGGGAACCUCUUUUGUCCACUAUUUUGCACCCAUAAAGGUGAAGUUUUUUUUUUUUUUUAACCAUACCUGAUUGCCUCUACAAAGAUGAUUCCGUUUAUCAGACUUUCACAUGAGAUUGGGAUUCUGUUGGCUAGGCAACUAAAGUGUCUGCUAUG